AUGGUAGAGGAAAUGAUGAGCAUGGAUGUGCUGAGCCGUACGACGAUUCCGGCAAAUUUUUUUUCGUACAAGAGAGGACAGAGGAGGCUGUAUCCGAGGUACGCACUGUUGAGUAUCAGCAAUGUGGGAAGCAGGGAAAGUGCAAGCCAGUAUGUGGGAAACGGGGUGCUGUGCUACAAAGUUAACAAGCAAGGAGAAGCGCGAGCAGUGCAUGGAGUGAUAACGAAAGUGCAUGGGAUGUCUGGAGCGGUGCGUGCAAGAUUUACAAGGAAUCUUGAUUCGCAAGCGCUUGGAACACAGGUAUUUGUGAAGCUUUACAAGGUUGAAGCUGAGGAGAUAUAA